UGUUAUGAAACUGAAGUUAGAAAAGUGUUUUUGACUUUCAACAUAUCAUAAGAGCUCGGUGGUGAUCCUGGGAUUGAGUUUAUUAUUAUUAUUAUGGCUGUUGUUGUUUUUAUUAUUAUGUUGGAUUAGGCAUGUUGUUAUACGUCAUCACAGCAUUGGGCAGCGAGGCUGUCUACUCAGUUGCGGUCUCUUCUUUGGAAGCUGGAAUGCAAAUCCAGAGGGAUUAGUGAGCGGUAACAAACUGAGCCGUAAACCCCUCAGUAGCUCUCCAAGGGGUCUGCCCCUGCCUCAGUGCGUAAAGUUGGGCUCCGGAUGCGCAGCGCAGCUCUCACUGUCCACACAGGCUCCACGAGCAUCAACUCCGCGGGACACUUGACGAGGAUUUCUGAGGAUUCGGUGCCACCACCUUCUUGGGUCAAUGACAGCUGAAAACAGAGGCGUCCUGUUGAUGUGAGGGCGUUUUUUAACUUGAGCAGAUCGCCUGUCCCGGAGCGCAGAAGGGGACAUGGGUCAGCUUUAUGGUGCGACUCUUUUACCGUUUGGCGCAAUCUGUGUGGUUUUCCUGUGGGAGUCCGGUGCCAGCUCUAUCAGGACGACGCUCGCAGUGGACACAUCGAGAGCGGAGUGUCCAGAGAGUAAGAUCCUGACUGUGGAGUAUCCCUGUGUCAGAGCAGGAGGGAAGAACAGCACUUGUUUCAGGAAGAAAUGCUGUGAAGGUUUCAGGUUUGUGAUGGGCCAGUGCAUACCUGAAAGUGUAGACAUGUGUGAUGCAUCGCCCUGCGAGCAGCAGUGCACUGACAACUUUGGACGAGUUGUCUGCACGUGUUACCCCGGCUAUCGCUUUGACCGGGAAAGACACCGCAGCCACAAAUCCCCUUACUGUCUGGACAUUGAUGAGUGUGAGCACCCAGGCAGCAGUGUGUGUGACCACGACUGUGUGAACACAGCGGGAAGCUUCCUGUGUCGCUGUCGCAGUGGCUACAUACUGGCCCCGGACCAACGCUCCUGCAUCCCUGUACACAACUUGAGCUCAUCUGGGAAGUCAGACACCUUGAUGAGUGCUGGUUCUUGUUCAUUCACCUGUCAGGAUUUUAUGAACAUGAAAAACAGUUUGCUGCAGCUGAAACUGAGACUGGGCAACACGCAGUCACCGAACCAGGUGCCAGGCCUGGCUAACAGAAGUGACAAGCCGUCUCUGGGGAGGGCAGGAAAAAGUCCUGAUAGUCCUUGUCAUCCUGGUCUACCCGGUCCUCCAGGAGCUCCUGGGGUCCCAGGACACCCAGGUGAACCAGGAAAGCAAGGCGACCCAGGGGACAGGGGCCCGCUUGGCCCUCUGGGUCCUCGAGGGGACAUGGGCCCCAUGGGUCCAGAGCCUGAUUUGAAACAUAUCAAAAGAGGCCGCAGAGGGGCAGUGGGACCACCUGGAGCAGCAGGAAGAGAUGGAUUAAAGGGUGAAAGAGGAGUUCCAGGUCUGAGAGGCCCACCUGGACCUCCCGGCUCCUUUGACUUCCUGCUGCUGAUGAUGGCGGACAUCCGUAAUGACAUCAUUGAACUGCAGGAGAAGGUGUUUGGCGAGCGGCGAGGCAUCUCUCUGGACAGUCCUCCUCAGUCCAGCGGGGAUGUGGAUUUUGUAGAUUGGGGCUCAGGCCAAGGAGAUCUGACGGUCAAUACUUGACCUUUGACCUCGGUCUCAGUAGCGGUUACAAAAGCCCAGCAACAAAAUCCCCAAACUUGACUCUUUUCUUCACUGAUAAAGGACAUUGGUGGUCAAAGAGCCAAAAUGUAAAUAAUUCUUAAAAUCACAGCUGGGAUGAAGUGGGCAGGGAGCCUCAGCGGUUACACCCUCAACGUUGCCACAGUCUGUAACACGGGGAGAUCCAAGGAUUACGAAAUAAAACGCAUUCUCUCUGCAAGCGAGUGAGUCUCCUCGCUGCCGCUCAUAUGCUCAUAUGUGUGAGUGAGGGAAUUGCGUGCGGGACAUAGAGUGAGAAAGACAGUGUGAGCCUUCAUGUCUGAGUCUCUGAGCUGUGCCUCUGAGCUGAACCACUUCAAACGAUGAACUUUAUCGUCUACAUCUCUUCCUGUUCCUGAGUCUGUCCGUGGAAGCUGUGCAGCCGCUGACAGUGUGCCUGCAGGGCACUGGUACAAAGACCCAGGACCCGCGCCCUGAGCCUCCCCUGCACCUAACUGAAGCAUUCAGCCCUCGAGUCAGAGAUACUUUCCACUCCGAGGCACAGACUUCAGACACAAACUCAAUGCAGACAACCGUAAUGUUGACAGUAACAGUAACGCCUGAUGUAAUGUUGAUAAUGCCAUUAACAUCUCAAUUCAAGUAUGAUUAAAGAAACAUUUAAUGGAGCAAUACAUUCAUUUAAAAAUAAUAUAAAUGUCACAUAUACAACAGAGUCAAUCUUGUGACUUGUUCACAUAAGCAGAAUCUGCUUCUUAUGAAAAAGACACAAAAAAAGCUUUAAAACUAUAAUGAAUGAACAUACAAUAACUGAAAUUGUCUAAAAGGAAAAGUUUCAUGGAAUUUGGUUUCCAUGUUUCCAUACUGUACACAUCUUUCUGUCAGUAGUUUGUCAGAAACAUGUUCGACAUGAAGAAGGAAGGCAACUUUAAAGUUUCUUACUGUGAAGCAGCAGCUGCCAAGAAGGAUCAACCCAUUGCUCAAUAAAGGUUUUGCCUAAUAUAGAUUUUAA